AUGAGGCUAGUAAUUCUUGAAGACUAUGAUCAGGCCAGUGAAUGGGCAGCAAAAUACAUCUGUAAUCGUAUUAUCCAAUUCAAGCCAAGUCAAGGAAGAUAUUUCACCCUUGGUCUACCAACAGGCAACACACCUUUGGGAUGCUACAAAAAGCUGAUUGAAUAUCACAAGAAAGGAGAUCUCUCUUUCAAGUAUGUGAAGACUUUCAACAUGGAUGAAUAUGUAGGGCUUCCCAGAAAUCAUCCAGAGAGCUAUCACUCCUACAUGUGGAAUAACUUCUUUAAGCAUAUUGACAUAGAUCCCAAUAAUGCUCACAUCCUGGAUGGGAAUGCUCCAGACUUACAGGCGGAAUGUGAUGCAUUUGAAAAGAAAAUUGAAGAAGCAGGGGGGAUUGAUCUGUUUGUCGGAGGCAUUGGUCCAGAUGGCCACAUUGCAUUCAAUGAACCCGGAUCAAGUUUGUCUUCAAGAACAAGAUUAAAGACUUUAGCAAUGGACACCAUUUUGGCAAAUGCUAAAUACUUUGAUGGAGACUUAUCUAAAGUACCAACUAUGGCGCUAACGGUUGGUGUGGGUACAGUGAUGGAUGCUAGAGAAGUGAUGAUUCUUAUAACAGGUGCACAUAAGGCUUUUGCACUGUACAAAGCAAUUGAAGAAGGAGUCAACCAUAUGUGGACAGUUUCUGCUUUCCAGCAACACCCUCGUACUAUCUUUGUGUGUGACGAAGACGCUACUUUAGAACUAAGAGUUAAAACUGUGAAGUACUUUAAAGGUUUAAUGCAUGUGCACAAUAAACUUGUGGACCCACUGUACAGUAUGAAAGAAAACUGAAAGAAGAAUU